AUGUUUCUUUCAUGUCAUCGUCGCUUUCUACCACCUUCUAUCAUUGUCGACUCCCUCUCCACCCUCCACAGCCCAAAUUGCCUAGCACAUAGCCGGGAUUAUGUCGCUGAAUACCCUCAUCUUCAGAAGCUUCCGACGCCCGUCCAAGCCCUCCUUGCGGAUGAGAUCACCGCGGCAGGUGAUCUCAUUAUGGCUUCGAACGAGUUGAAAGAGCUGGAUGACGAGACUCACUGCGAUUGCGAGUUCUUUCGCAGAUACCAGCUACCGUGUCGCGAUAUUUGGGCUUAA